AUGAGAGGUCUUGGACGAGCCUCCAAGAUGAAUGUGAAGGUGUUCACGCUGUGGGCCAUGCUGGUUUGCUCCAUUAUCAUGCUGUGGGUGGAAUCCGAUCUGGUGUCACGGUUGGAAGGCGGAGACAUGAUGAGUAUGGCGGAUUAUCAUCAUCGUCGCCGUGGCUUGAAAUCCAGAAAGGAAUACAUUCCCUUUGAAAAGAUUCAAGCAUUGCAGCAAGAGGCACAACGACGCAAUCAACAGUUUGCCUUGACGGACGCUAUUCGCUCUGUAACUUCGGACGCCGACUUUCAAGCGAAAAUGGAGCGAAAGAAAAAAGUCCGCGAAAAGAUCCACAAGCGAAAGACCCAAAAGGAAGACACGGACUACCGACACUACGUGGAAGGCAUGGAGCUGAGCAAGUCGUUUGAGUUUAACAAGACGGACUUUUCCAAUUAUUCAGUCCUGCCAUCCCAUCGGCAUUUACCGGACAUGACGGCGCAAAAGGGAGGAGUCAUUUUCUUUCUGCAUACACCCAAAACGGGAGGACAAACCAUUCGAUAUAGUUUUGGAGGACCACCCGAUCCCAGUACCACUUUUAUCAUGGACAGUGCCGAGCAACUCAAGCUGGCAAGGUUCAAAUCCAGAGUCCGCUUUAUCAUGGCCAAUCGACUCAAUGUCUUUUUGGAGAGGGUCGUGCCCAAAAUCAACCGGUAUCUCACGGCACCCACCACCAAGCGAAAGAUUCUAUUUGUGGAAGUCCAUGGCAUGGAUAACUACCAUACUCGGGAAUUGGAGCCGUACUUGCACGCAUGGAGAGAACGCGCCCAAGAAACCAAAGUGCCGUUCUUUACAUUUACCAUUAUGAGGGAAGCAUUGGCGGAACAAGUGUCUUUUUUCAACUUCUACUUUAUUCAUCCUGGAGACGAACGCUUUUGCAAAGGCACCAUGACGACAAGCACCCGCUGCAACAAACGAAACGCCGCCUUUUUAGCUCCCUAUCUGCAGUUGACACCAGAACAACUGGAAGAAACGCACAUUCGGGAAACGACAAAGAAAAACAAGGGCAUUGACUUGGAAGAUGCCAUGAUGAAAUCCAUUUACGACAAUCCACAAUGUCUAUUCUUGGCAAGAGGAGAACGAACCUUUGGCUGGAAUGUCACGGAGUUGCGCCAUGGAUUGACGUUUACGGAGUGUGAAUCCUCCUAUCAGAGUCUACGAAGAACCAUGGAUUGGAUUGGUCGAACCGAUACACUCACCAAUGAGACACUUCCUCUCUUGACCAAGAUGAUAUUCAACGACUCAACGAUAGGGUGGAACUUCAAGCAACACAAUAAGUCUCCGGAACGGGGUGGAUUUGUGUCACUGUCCAAGAUUCAACCAAGUACACGGGAAUUCUUGGUGGAAUCCAGUCGAUUAGAUGACUUUCUGUAUCGGCAGGUAGUACAAGACUAUCACAUGGAUCAGUGGGUAGUAUGA